CUACGCUACCUGUUUCAGCUCAUGGAUGACUAUAAAAGAUGGACUACGUCUCUAGGCUAUUACUCAAUCCAUUCGAGGAAUUUGCUAAUCUUUGUAAACGUCAACGGGCUCGUCCCAAUCAGGAAAUUUCCUUGAUUUUUCCGGCAUAAUUAUUGGUUUAGUGUAUGUGGGCUGUGUGAUCUUUGUUGAAAAUCUGGAGUUCUUGACAUAUAUUCUUCGGGUAAUUAAGUUUUUUAUUUGACUCUAUUUCAAUUUGUAUUGUUUCCUGCAGGACUUUUACUUCAUUGAAUCUGGUGAAAGCUUUGGAAAAUGGAGAGUCAGCAGGAGUUGGAAUGGGAAGAAGCACAGAGCAUUGAGAUAAAUGUAGACCUUGUUUCUGCAGCAAAAAGACAGCUCAAGUUUCUUGCUGCUGUUGACCGAAACCGUUGGUUGUAUGAAGGCCCGGGUCUAGAUAGGGCCAUUUACAGGUAUAAUGCUUAUUGGCUUCCCUUGCUGGCAAAACAUUCUGAAUCCCAACUUCUUGAAGGCCCAUUGGUGGUCCCUUUAGAUUGUGAAUGGGUUUGGCACUGUCACAGACUCAAUCCAGGCCGAUACAAACAAGAUUGUGAGGAGUUCUAUGGGAGAAUUCUCGACAAUCAGAAUGUUGUUUCUUCUUUGGAAGGAAGUUCAAGAAAGGCAACUGAAGAAAUUUGGGGAACAUUAUUUCCAGGUGAACCCUAUGAAUUGGAUGUGGAAAUUGUUCUUCAAGGUAAUGUGUGUGGACAAAGAGUACUGGUGCAGAAACACACCAAAUAUGAUUUGGUCUCAGCUGCUCAGAGACAAAGUCCAUUCUUUUAUCAGGUUUCCAGAACUCAUAUGAAUGACAAUCGCUAUAUUCAAGGAGCUGUGGCUAGGUAUAAAGGAUUUCUGCACUUAAUCAAGAGAAACAAGGAGAAAGGCAUAAAAAGCUUCUCCGUUCCAACUUAUGACAUUGACCUCAUCUGGCACACUCACCAGUUACAUCCAGCUUCUUAUUGCAAAGAUCUUCUGAAAAUAAUGGGAAAGAUUUUAGAUCAUGAUGACACUGAUUCUGAUAGAACCAAAGGUCAGAAACUGGAUGUUGGAUUUUCUGCAACCACCAAGACGUUUGAGGAGAUGUAUGGCUCUAGGUAUUGGAGAGCUGGAGCUAUGUACAGGGGUAGUGCCCCUUCACCUGUCAGGCCUACUCCUUACUGGGGCAUUGUCACCAAGGAGGUGCCCACCUCUAAUGAAAACCAGAAAAUAAUACUUCCUACAAUGAAAGUUAUGGAGGUCAUGAUGGAGUUUGUGAGUGUGAGGAAUCUGCCAGAGGGACACAAGGGAAGUCUCUUUGUGUCCUUCAGUAAAACACAACCGGAUGAGAUCUUCAAUGCAAAGAGAAGCCUUACAAUUUUCUCUGAAUCUGGAGAGAAACAAGUGGCCACCUUCCAGUGUCAACCUACUGGGAGCCUACUCUUUGAACUGAUGUCCUUCUCGCCAUCCAGUUUGCCAGUACCCAAGUCAUCCAAGAGUAUUGGCACCACUUCAAUAUCUCUGGAAGACUUCAUGUCUCCAGACUCUGAUCUUAUAGUGGAAAAAUGGCUGGACUUGGUGCCAAGUUCUAAUAUCCUAGCAUCCAAACCGAUUGGCUUACGGGUGGCAAUCUCAGUUACUAUACCUAUCCCUGCACCUUAUGUACUUCAUAUGAUUCAUUCUCGGCCAUUCUCAAAAAGUUCUUGCUUGUUCCCACUACCAAUGAGAGUUCAAUUUGCUAAAAGUUGGUCAAGCGUCAUUGACGAGGCUGGAAAGCUCGUGCUCAGCCUACAGAUGAGAGAUCUAAGAAAGUCAAAGGGCAAGAAAGAAUGUAGAAGAAGAGUGGUGGUCGGCAUCACGGAAUCGGGUGAAACAUGUACUCUAGCCGAGUCUGCAGAUUCAGAAUGGUCAAUGGUAAAUUCUCCAUGGUCACUUAAGCUUCCAAAUAUAGACAAUGAUGAUGGUCACAUCUUGGAGCUGACUGGUCCUCAGACUGUGAGACUUUUUCCUGGUGGAAGGCUGGAUUAUGAAUCAAGGCGCUGCGAGAAACAUAAAUCUGAGCGUCAACUUGAAAAUCACCUAAUUACAGCUGUAGAAUUCUCUGCUGAAGACCCGUAUGGAAGGGCAGUGGCAUUACUUGACUUGAAGUCUGGAACUGUCAAGGUCAAAGAAAACUGGUUCCUUCUGCCUGGUGUCAUACUGGCAUUUAUACUUGGUAACAUAUGGAGGAAACAAGGUUAUAAUAGUCUGAUAUUGGGCAGCAAAAGUCUGAAGAAGAAAGAACUCCCUAAUGAGGAAGUUGACUGCCCUGCAGCAGGUAGUGAAACUAACCUGGCUCCUGGGCAAAAGGAACCGGAUGUUAAAGCAGAAUCUGCUAAAGAGAAUGCUUAUAUACCAGCAAAUGGAGCACAUUCCGCUGGAGGCUGUGGUGGGGGAUGUGGCAGCGGUUAUGGAAAUGGCAUCAGGACCGCCGAAUCAGGGGGAUGCGGUGGAUGUGGAGGCAGUGGUUGUGGAAACAUGGCAAAAUGUGGGGGUUGUGGGGGUUCUGGUGGAUGCGGUGGUCGUGGUGGUGGCGGCGGCCGUGGGAACAUGGCAAAAUGCGGUGGCUGCGGUGGUGGUUGUGGCGGUACCGGUGGCUGUGGUGGUAGUUGUGGCAAAACGGCAAAAUGCGGUGGCUGUGGCGGCGGCGGUGGCUGUGGUGGGGGCUGCGGCAACAAAUUAGCCAAUACCAACAGUGUUGGUGAUGGCUGUAUCAAUGGACACCCAAAUGAAGUGGUCGUUGCAUGAAAUGAGAUGGUUGUGGCCUGACAUGUGCGACGUCGGAGGUUUUAAGCAUACAAGAGUACCUAAACUCCUGUACAUUUAUGUCUAAAAUCCAGGAAUUAGUAUAUGUUUGUCUUGUAACCCUGAGAUGUUGUAAUCUGUUACUGCAAAAGUGUACAAGUUGAGUGCCGCCACUUAUUGUUGAUUGUCUCUCAUCUGUCUUUGAAUAAAGCUCUUAGCAUCCCCGUAA